AUGGGCGGCAAUCCCAAUUCCAACUUCUAUCCUUCACUCUCAAAGAACGAUACCUUUCUCUCUCAGACAGUCUUCACCUUUGUAGGCAGUCUCGUGUCUCAAAACGCUCUUGCAAACGUCGACUCAGGCAUCUUGGGUCCCGUCCCAACACAUAACUUGACCUUUGCUACGAACACUACCUACGAAGGAGUAGUCUUCUUCAACUGGACCGCCAACUGUGAAGCCGCCACUGAAGUAAACUACACCUCUUACAAAGAUGACGGCAACACGGUUUACAACUUUACUCUUCCCGACGAUAGCAUCGAGAGCAUUGAGCUCUUAUCACAAGGUUCGCAGAGAAUUCGACUUUGGAGUAACGCGACGAAGCACGGCAGCGACAAGAUUCCAAUCUCAGGCACGACAUAUUUUCUAUCCGCUACAAAAUCGAUUCCGAACAUCAACGAGACCGCCCUUCGAAAUCGCGGUGACGAUAAAAGCCUGGUUCAGACCGAUGGCGGCGACUGGAUUUCCCGAACAAAGUGUACUCCCCGUCUGGAAUGGCUUGUCGGAUCGUGUACAUUCAAUGGCACAGUCAUGGCAUCUUGCUUCGCAAAAGCCGACUCCAAUAAGACAGCUCUCGACACGCAAGCACUAGACUCCCUAAGUGUAUAUAUGUCCGCCAUACCAUGGUACAUAAUCCGACAACAAAUUGGUAUUGUCGACGAUACUCUCGACACACUCUACACGAUCCCUACAUCGAAGGAUUUCGGUCAUUUCUUCGGCAACAUGGCGCACGCGAUUGUCUCUAUUACUACGGCGGGUUACUUUGUAUUUUGA